GUGCAAUUAGUUUUAUUUUUUAACUACAUUUAAUGCUCCAUGUAUAUAUCUAAAGGUGAGGCAAAAAAUUUUGGGCGAAAAUUUUUAGUAACUAAACGGGCUAUUAUUUUUCUUUUUCUUUUUCAAUUUGACAUCUCUAGUAAGUGGACCAGGAGGCCAGGAAUUCACCAUUUUGCAGUUAUUUUUUCCCCUUUCUGAGGAUAGAAGCACAACCUGAUAACCAUGGACCAGAGUAUCUUCCUUUUGGGCGCAGGGAGAGAAUUGUUUUUCAGGUCUAUAAAGCCUAUGCUACCUAGAAGAUCUAUCCAUGCGGUCAAGCACAGCACAGAAGCUGAUAUGACAUUGAGAUCUUUCUCUGAAUUUUCAAACAGCGCACACAUGCAAAUAGGGACAAGAGUCCAAAAUUCUUGCAGAACACAAACACAAGUUGCAUGAUUGCCUUGCCAAAAACCCAAGGGCAGCACAAGUGUGUAGCAAACAGAUAAUAAUAACAAUAAAUAUUAGGUAGGCAACUUGCACAAGUGUGCCUUUGUCUCUUCCCACCCAGCCUUUACUUAACAGGGGUUGGUUUCUUACCCAGCAAAACCAUCAAGCAUGACAGUGUAGGUUGAACACUCUGGAUUGCAUAUUCACAUUAAUUUUUGACCACUUGAUAAAAAGUAUUCUCCUGUGGCUUGAAGUUGAUCUUAAUGUAUUUUUACAACAGUGUUUGUAAUAGAGCCAUGUACACAGGAAACGUGAAAAAUCAAAUUAUAGCUGCUGUCUUUGUUUGUUAUGAUGGAAACUAGCAGUAAACCUUCUGGUCCAUAAAAAGCCUUACAUGUCCUGUGCUGUGCAAAUGUCUUGAAGAUAAUUAUUGGACACAAUGAAAAGCUCUCCUUGCAAUUCUGUCAACAUCACAGCUACUUUUUCCUCCUUUCUUUCCUGCCCAUUUCCUUAGUUAUAUAACAUGCAGCACUUCGCCAUGUUUGGUUAUCACAUGAUCGUGCAUGAAUCCUCCUGCAUGCUACUAUUAGACAGGGAGGCGAUCUCUUCCUUGUCUCCACUACAACAUGGGAGAAAACAGAAAGGUGAGAUCAUCCUGCCGAGGUUAGUAACAAGCAACCUACUGCACGACCAACAGCUGCAUGGGCAUGGAUCUGUCUCUGAGGUUUCGAGCAUAGUGGAUGAAAACUUGGGAAAGAGACCCUUGAAUGUCCACAAAGCUACUUUUGUAUACAGAAGGGUGUUUGCUAGUACCUGGAAUGUUGGUGGCAUUGCACCAUCUGAUGAUUUGGACUUGGAGGAUUGGUUGGAUACAAGGGCCAACACCUGUGACAUCUAUGUUCUAGGGUUCCAGGAGAUAGUGCCACUAAAUGCAAGAAACGUGCUUGGUCCUACGAAGAGCUGUAUAUCUGCAAAGUGGAACUCUCUGAUUGGGGAGGCACUCAACAAAAAGGAAAGAAAAGAAGGCGCAAAGUUAAACCAAGAAUCUUCAAAUAGCAGUGCAUUCGAGGGUUCUAUACAGGGAGAAGGUUUCAGAUGCAUCAGGAGCAAGCAGAUGGUUGGCCUCUUUACCUCAGUAUGGGUGAGAAGCAACCUUAGGCCAUUCAUUCACCACCUAGAUGUGUCAUGCAUUGGUUCAGGUAUCAUGGGCUGCCUAGGGAACAAGGGUUCUGUUUCAAUCCGAUUUGUGUUGCAUGAGACGAGCUUUUGCUUUGUCUGUUGUCACCUGGCCUCAGGUGGCAAAGAAGGGGAUGUUCUGCUGAGGAACUUGGAUGUCGCAGACAUACUUGCUAGGACAUGGUUCCCAGGUCGUGCAACUCAGGAAUUGCCAGAGAAGAUCCUUGAUCAUGAUCAAGUAGUUUUGCUCGGUGACUUGAAUUAUAGGAUCUCCUUGGAAGGGGCUGAAACAAGGUCGCUGGUGAAAGCCAAGAACUGGGCCAUCUUGUUAGAAAACGAUCAGCUACUAUCUGAGUUCUCUAGGGGGCGGCAUUUCGAGGGGUGGCAAGAAGGGUUGAUCACGUUCUCCCCCACCUACAAGUACCACCCCAACUCCGAUCAGUAUUACUGGUGCUUCGAUGGUGCCCGGGGCGAGAAGAAGCGUGCACCAGCAUGGUGUGAUCGUAUUCUCUGGCGGGGCAAGGGACUGAAGCAAGUCCAAUACGAGACAUGCAACUACAGGUUAUCGGAUCACCGGCCAGUGAGAGCGAUUUUCCACGCCGAAUGUGACGUAUCAGAGGAGGUGCAGAAGUAAACGGCCAGAAUCCACGCUGAACUCCGCGAGCGACUGAUGUAGAGAAGCCUAUUUCGCACGGACGCUCAGCGUCAAAUCAAGAGUUGGACGGGAGAUUUGAUCAAUCGAGUAACCAAGAAUUUUCUUCUGAGAUGAAUAUGAAAUUGCUUUUUCCCGGAGAGGAUGAGAAUUUUUGGAACGCUGGUUGGGUGUGUGCAACUGCCAACUAGAUUACAUGAAUGAUACUUGGGCCAGUAUUUAACAGGUUCAGAGAAGAUGACCUCAAACAAAAAAGAAAAAGAAACAAACAAAAACAGGUUCAGAGAAGAGGUGCAGAUUUUCGUUUGUUUUAUUAGUGGCGCUGUUCAAAUAUUCAUUCGUGUGUGCAUAUCUUUCCUCACUAAAAUUGGUAUCUGUACAUUACCAAAAAGCUCAAUAAGGGUCCAAUGGCAAGCUCUAGCUGUUGGAUCACUAACACUUGUCGAA